AUGGAACAGGAUCCAUCUCAACGAGUCAAGCCAAGCACGUUGCACGUCGGCGACACGAGGACAGGCCAGAACGUCAAAAAUGAUUCCUUCGAGGUGGAAACGGCCAAGAAUUCACCUCCACGCCGCUUUGACCAGUCUCCCGACGUCGAGCAUCCUGCCCAGCCUCAACCGAUCCUGUACGACGCUUCGGACAAGUGCCCGCACUAUUCCUCUAUCGGCGUCAAGUCUACACACAACAAUGCAGCUUCAUCAGAACAUCCAUUUCCCUCGAGUCCCGCCGUCCCUCCUCCAUCUCGCGCGCCGAAUGGCCAGUCGGCGCCACCUCUCGUGAACAAUAGCGUCAACCAGCCGCUAUACGGGGAGCCUUUGACUCAGGAUUAUGAUCCCACCAAAGCCUCAGUGUUUGGUGGACAAGGUCAACCCACCGUGGACACCGCGAGUGCCAAUGGCAAACCGGAGAUUCGCCAGGCUCGUCUCCGCGACGGUUUCCGAAAGCGCAUUCGACUAUCGCCGACUCUAAAGAAGCUAAAAAAGCUGUUGAAUCUCUUAGAACGGCUCUCUUGGCUUUCCCUGUCGCGUGGUCCAGAUCCUGCGCCUUCUGUGGCGUCGCAGACGACUGUCCCCGAUUCUGGGUCAUCAACUACGGAUAGUUCAUCAUCUGCAACGUCAACUCACAGCCGCCAUACAACCACCCAAACGCAAAUUUCGAUAGCAGGUCCACCUCCAAACGUAGAUGGAUCCCAGGACCCCCAAACCUGGACCACGGGGAUGAAAGAUGAUGGUCAGCCAGGUUCGCAGCCAACUUCGCAAGGAUCCGAGGCCACACCAGCGGAACAAGGCCAGACGACCACGCAACCACACCCAUAUUACAAACGCCAUCCCCCUCCUACUUUCGAUCUCAGAGAAGAUCAGAUCGUGCAGGUCCGGUUGCACUUUAAUGGGAACUACUCCAAGGUGUACGAGGGAACAUUGAAUCAUAAUGACGUGUGCAUUCGAGUUGCCGUCAAAAUUCCAAAGUCUUAUGGCAACCGGCACGCUGGCGAGGGCAGGGCUCCUGCAAGCGAGAGACGCAAUCUACGCGAACUUUACGCGGCUCUUGACCUCCGCCAUCAAAACAUUAUAGAGGUCUACGGCAUUUGCAUGAAAUUGGGCAAGUAUGGGGCAUUGGUUAUGCCGUGGUACGACAGAAAUCUCCGGAAACAUCUCAAGUCAAAACCUUCACCCGCAGUGCGGUUUCAAUUGUGGCUAGAUAUCAUAUGCGCCGUUGUGUACAUGCAUUCGCGUGGUUUCAUCCACGGCGACCUGAAGCCGGAGAAUAUAAUGAUCGACGAUCACGGCAAUCCCAAGAUCGGGGAUUUCGGACUUUCCUAUUGCAUUGAACGCGCCCAAAUGAACGAAUACCAGCAACUCGCGGUAGCGUUGAAUACGACAACCACACACGUGGGUACCGCGCGAUAUCGAGCUCCCGAGCUCGUGGGUACAAAUGGUGGAGUACGCGUCACCCAAGCUGGCGAUGUGUACGCAUUGGGAGGAAUAGGCCUCGAUAUCUUGUGGUCUACGAUGCCGUACGAAAACCGCGAUAACCACGAUGGCAUCGUCCUAGAUAUCGGUGCAGGGCUUCCACCGGCGCAGCGCCCGUCGAACCUUUCCACCCAGCCUCUUGGGUUAUCGCGCCUUUGGGAUGCGCUCGAGUGGUGCUGGAGGCCUGAUUCAGGUGAUUCAGGUCGCCCCGAGGCAGGGCAGUUCCACAAGCACUUGUUAGAGCACCAAGGGGAAAUUAUCGCCGCGCUCGGGAGCAGGCGUAAUUAA